AUUUCAUUCAGCAAAAAUAAACACUUGGCAAAUCUGAGAGUUGGGUUUUGGACUUUGGUGGUCACACAUGGCUUUUGCUUCACCCUACCAGACAUACAUACCUUUGCCUUCUGACUCAGGUGGCGAAGAUGAUGGCCAUGAAGCACAUUUGUCACUGGUUCCAAUUCACAUAGUAACUCAUGCUUCUCAACUUCCAAUUGAGUUUCUUUCUCCUUCUCCUGAAAAGCAAUUGGUUGUUGGAUUUGAUUGUGAGGGUGUUGACCUGUGCCGUUAUGGAGCUCUUUGCAUCAUGCAGCUUGCAUUUUCAGAUGCCAUAUAUUUGGUUGAUGCCGUUCAGGGAGGAGAGAAGCUGAUGAAAGCCUGUAAGCGAGCUCUUGAAUCUAAUUUCAUCACAAAAGUUAUUCAUGACUGCAAGCGAGAUAGUGAGGCAUUGUACUUUCAGUAUGGAAUCAAGUUGCAUAAUGUGGUAGAUACUCAGAUUGCAUAUUACCUAAUAGAGGAACAACAGGGACGGACAAGAACGCCAGAUGACUACAUUUCUUUUGUUGGACUCCUUGCUGAUCCACGCUAUUGUGGUAUAUCAUAUACGGAGAAGAAAGAGGUUCGUGUCCUUCUAAAGCAGGAUCCAAAAUUUUGGACACGGAGACCCCUAUCUGAAUCAAUGGUCCGCGCAGCUACUGAUGAUGUCCGCUUCCUCCUCUAUAUCUUCUACAAGAUGAUGGAAAAGUUGAAUGAAAGAUCUUUAUGGCAACUUGCUGUUCGUGGUGCGCUUUAUUGCCGAUGUUUUUGCUACACUGAUAAUGAAUAUGCAGAUUGGCCUUCAAUUCCCACUAUUCCAGAUUACAUCACUGUGGAAGAGUCUGCUCCUGAACAAGAGAUUUUAUCAGUGCUUAACAUUCCUCCUGGAAAAAUGGGACUUGUAAUUGGUAGAAAAGGAGCAUCCAUCUUGUCAAUCAAAAACUCUUGCAAUGCUGAAAUUCUUAUUGGAGGUGAGAAGGGACCACCUGACAAGGUGUUCAUUAUUGGACCAGUUAAGCAGGUGAGGAAGGCAGAAGCCAUAUUAAGGGGUAGGAUGUAAGAAAACGUUCAUCAAGCCUUUUAUUUAAUAAUUUUUGACAGAAUUAUGAACAUGAAUCUGCAUAGUUCUUAUAUACCAACUCAAUACAAUCACCAAAAGAUGUCUUGGUGUAGUAUUGUUGAUACACAAAUUGCACUUGCUCCUAUUUAACAUGAUUGUUAUAAGCCAGCCAUGAUUGGAAAACAUUGAACGAAUUUGUGACUUUG